CCAUUAGGUGUUUGGUCUCCCAGCCAUUUUCUAUGGAAAACCAAGGGGAUCGGGCCAUGAUAGCCACUGGCAGCUUUGAAGAACGGGACACCUUUAGAGAAGCUUGAUUUUGGAGGCCUCACCCUGAGACCUUAUAAAGCCGGAUUCCGGCAGAGUUCCUCUGUCUCGUCUUGUUGCUGAUUAAAGGUGCCUCCAUCUCCAGUUUUUCUCCAUCUCCUGUUUUUCUCCAUCUCCUGGGAGGUAGCAGGAAAUCAUCAUGGUUGGGUUCAAGGCCACAGAUGUGCCCCCUACUGCCACUGUGAAGUUUCUUGGGGCUGGUACAGCUGCCUGCAUCGCAGAUCUCAUCACCUUUCCUCUGGAUACUGCUAAAGUCCGGCUACAGAUCCAAGGGGAAAGUCAGGGGGCAGUGCGUGCUACAGCCAGUGCCCAAUACCGCGGUGUGUUGGGUACCAUUCUGACCAUGGUGCGUACCGAAGGCCCCCGAAGCCUCUACAAUGGGCUGGUUGCUGGCCUGCAGCGCCAAAUGAGCUUUGCUUCUGUCCGCAUCGGCCUCUAUGACUCUGUCAAACAGUUCUACACCAAGGGCUCUGAACAUGCCAGCAUUGGGAGCCGCCUCCUAGCAGGCAGCACCACAGGUGCCCUGGCUGUUGCUGUGGCCCAGCCCACAGAUGUGGUAAAGGUCCGGUUCCAAGCUCAGGCCCGGGCUGGAGGUGGUCGGAGAUACCAAAGUACUGUCGAUGCCUACAAGACCAUCGCCCGAGAGGAAGGGUUCCGGGGCCUUUGGAAAGGGACCUCUCCCAAUGUUGCUCGUAAUGCCAUUGUCAACUGUGCUGAGCUAGUGACCUAUGACCUCAUCAAGGAUACCCUUCUGAAAGCCAACCUCAUGACAGAUGACCUCCCGUGCCACUUCACCUCUGCCUUUGGGGCAGGCUUCUGUACCACUGUCAUCGCCUCCCCUGUAGACGUGGUCAAGACGAGAUACAUGAACUCUGCCCUGAGCCAGUACAGCAGCGCUGGCCACUGUGCCCUUACCAUGCUCCAGAAGGAGGGGCCCCGAGCCUUCUACAAAGGGUUCAUGCCCUCCUUUCUCCGCUUGGGUUCCUGGAACGUGGUGAUGUUUGUCACCUAUGAGCAGCUGAAACGGGCCCUCAUGGCUGCCUGCACUUCCCGAGAGGCUCCCUUCUGAGCCUUUCCUGCUGCUGAUUGGCUUUGGCUCUAGUCGGGCAAUGCUUUCCUUUUUCUUCCUUCCCUCCCUCCCCUGCCUCCCUUUUUCUCCACCUCUUCCUUCCACUCCUUUACCCUCCCCACAUUCUCAUCUCUCCAUUGUCUGUGCUGGUGGGAGCCUGGUACCAGCCUGGAUCCCAAGCCCUUAGUCCCUUGGAAAGUUCAACCAGAAUCUUUGUCCUGCCCCCACAGCCCAGCCCAGCCCACUUGUCACCCAUAAAGCAAGCUCAACCUUGGUGUCUCCUA